AUGGUUCUUGCGGCUGGCUCGUGGAACUUGGACCCGGGUUUACUACAAUUGUCUCUUUGGAAGCCAGAUUUUAAUCCAAGAAAUCAUAAGAAUAUAUUUUCUCAGGUCUGGCUGUGCAUAUUGGAGCUCCCCCAAGAAUAUUGGAGUCCAAGAAUCAUUCUUGCGAUUGCUUCAACAGUAGGGACGCCAAUCUCUCUAGACAAAGCUACGUUGGAUAGGAAAUAUGGACACUUUGCUAGAGUCUUGAUCGAAAUUGAUCUUGCGGACAAGAUUCCAAUGCAGCUACUGGUUGAAAGGGAAGGUGCUGGAAAAUGUUUACCAAAUCUGCAGAAGAUGACUGAUAGGCCACGUGAACCAGCUAAAUCAAUUCAAAAGAAAGAGCAGUUGGCUGGUGGCUUGGCUGAUGCAAUUGUCUCAACCACUGAACUGGUGCAGACUGGUGUAGCUAGUGUUGGCUCUCAAGCAAUAGAACAAGAUGGAAUGACUCCACCAAAUGCCAAUCUGAUUGGUGCAAUGGAUCAUGUAGUUGUUGCACCUACAUCAUUUGCAAUAGAUGCUGCACCGCUUGAAGCACCUGUGGCUACAGCACAUGAUUUGCAAGUGAUCAAGACAAGGUGUUGA